ACAAUUGGGCCAUUUUCAGAGAAGACACCGUAAACAAUGGCAACUUCAACGACCAGCGGGAAGAGCAGAGAAGGCACGGCCAAAGCCAUGGUGGCCGAUCAGAUCUCCCAGACCGUUCAGUCCACCUCCAAUCUCCUCCAUCUCAUGCAACAAUCCUCUGCUUCCCAGGCCCAACUGAUAAAGCUUCCAAAGAACCUUUUGGCAAAAACCUCUGCAAUCAAGAAUACUGGGCAGGUGUUAGAGCAGAUGCCUCGAGUCAUUUCAUCCUUAGAUGCUCAUAUGGAGAAUGGAUUACAAAGUGUUCCUCAUCUACAAACUGUGAUCCAGUUACUUGCAAAUAUUGAAAGCUGCCAGAUUAAUUCUAUCUCUCAAGCUCAUCUCUCUCAAGAGGAACAUGAGUUGGUAAAACCUUCAGAGAUUCCUUAGCUGACUGAAAUUCGAAUUCACAUUGCUGAUGAAGACUAAACUAUGCGACGGCAGGCACUCAAAUUCUAUCUCAGUAUGACUUUUGACUCGUUAUAAGCUCACAUGUUGUUUAUCUGUGGUCCCAGUUUAAACAUUGAAUAUAACCAGAAAAAUCAUGUGUACAUCGAUUAUGAAAAGACACUCUGUUCCAUCUUGUGAUGUUCUGCACAUAAAAUGUGCUCUCUAGGGAUAGGGAUACCCGUCUACCAUGAAUGUAACCAGAUAUACGUCUCAUUUUCAUUUCUCUAUGCGUGUAAAACACGUCUACGGCUUAUAAAGGUAGCAUGUUUGAUUCUUUUCCCA